AUGACUUGGAAUAAUAGACAAAGUGGUGAUACUCGAAUCUGCUGUAAGCUAGAUAGGGUGAUGGUGAAUCUGGCUUGGAUGGAUGUGUUUAGAUCUUCAGAAGCUACCUUCCACCCUCCUGGUCUCUCUGACCAUUCUCCAGUGGUGGUGGGUGUGUUAGAUGAGACUAACUUUGGCCCUAAACCUUUCAGGUUUUUUGAAGCUUGGAUUGGUAGAGAAGGGUUUGAUGAUUUGGUGCGGAAGGGAUGGGAGCAGCCUGUUAGCAUGUCCCUCAAUCCUAUUCUUUGGUUUGCUGCCCAGUUAAGGAAUGUUAAGGAGUUGAGGAAGUGGAACAAAGAGUGCAUUGGAGAUGUUUUUCUUACGGUAAAGGCUGCGGAGACUGAGCUGUACCAAACCCAAUGCAAUCUUGGUGAGCACCCUGAUGACCCAAAUUUGGUUCUUUUGGAGACACAAGCAAAGGUGAAGUUAUGGGAAGCCUUGGCUACUGAGGAAAAGUUUUUAAAGGAGAAGUCUAGGGUGAAGCAUAUUCAGUUGGGGGAUGGUAAUAAUAGUUUCUUCCACAAAUCUAUGAUUUGUAGGCAGCAUAGGAGACAUAUUCUGGAGAUUCAAGGGGAAGGAGGAAACAUUGUCAAGGACCCUAGCCAAAUCAAAGGAGAAGCUGUCUCUUUCUACAAGAAGUUGUUUGGGGCUGAUUCGGUUGAUAAUGGUUUUAUGCCCAGUUCGGUUCCCUUGCAGCAUGGAGAUCCGGUCUUGGCUUAUAUGGGUAAAGGUGUGGAAACUUCUGUUCUUAGCAUGGAGUUGUUAGCCAUUCACAGAGGGGUGGCACUGUGCUUAGAGAGGAAUCUUCAACAUGUGUCAAUCAGAUCUGAUUCAAAGUUGGCAGUGGAGAUUAUUACAGUGAGGCGUGUUUGGAGGGAGUUGAACCAGCCGGCAGAUUUUAUUGCUUCCAUUGAUUGUGAGGGUAGGGAAACAAUUCUAUAUCCUCCUGAUUUCCAGGAUGACCUGAUGCGGAUGAUCCAUGAUGAGACUUCAGGAAUUGAGCAGAAAGCAGCCAACCCCACUGUGGUGUUGAAGGUUGAUCUCCAUAAAGCCUAUGACUCCUUGAGCAGGAACUUUCUAUUUGGAGUGAUGGAAAGAAUGGGCUUCACAGGGAAAUUCAUUGGAUGGGUUAAGGCUUGUGUUACCACACCCAUGUUCUCCGUUCUCAUUAAUGGCAGCCCCACAGGUUACUUUAAGGGAGAUAGAGGUAUCAGGCAAGGUGACCUGCUCUCUCCUUAUUUGUUCACUAUUGCCAUGGAAGCUUUUUCAGGAAUUAUACGAAGGCUGGAAGUAGAUGGUCAAAUCAAAUUGCUGCCUAGAUGCAAAGCUCUACAUCUUUCUCACCUUAUAUUUGCGGAUGACCUAAUGAUCUUUGUGAAGGCCAACCGUGAAUCUGUUUUGGCUAGUUUGGGGGGUCUUGACGAGUUUGCAGGUCUUUCAGGGCUACAUCUCAAUAGAUCUAAGUCCUCUAUUAUUGUAGGGGGCCUAACCCAAACUAGUAGUAUGGAACUUUUGGAAUUAACGGGUUUCUCUGAGACCACUCUCCCUAUCAG